AUGUCUACAGACGAUAUCGUGUACAUUUUAGUUUUAGUCACAUCCAUUCCGUUGGGGUUGUAUAUUCGGCAAACGAAAGAGGCCAAAGUGAAGCAGAAGCUAUGCUCAAUAGUCGGCUUCGUUCUUGUCCUGCUAACAUGUCGUUUGCACGCGCUUCAUUCCCUGAUAACAACAGUUGUCAACUGCAUCAUCGUCAAGUAUUUUGACAUAAGGUACUGCCAUUGGGUAAGUUUUGCUUGGUGCUUUGGUUAUUUGCUAGGAUUCAGGACAAUUCACCUUCUGGGUAUACCAAGUGCACCUCCACUGGCAAAUGCAGUUCAGCUGCUGCUUACAUUGAAGAUGGUUAUGGUGGCAUUUGAAGUCCAUGAAAGCCAGUUCCCCCUGAAAGAGCGGAGAUACGAGCACAUGGAUGGAGAACGGUUGAAAUACUUACAAGAGAAAUAUGUGGCUGUGGCUCCUAGCUUUCAGGACAUCUUCCUUUAUGCAUAUUGUUACAUUGGAAUGUUCACAGGUCCAUUUUACAGAUACAGAACAUAUGUUGAUAUGCUGAAUCAGGACUGCAAUGUUAUACCAUGGAAAGAGCAUGCAUGGAACCGUCUGCGAUACAUACCGGUUCUAGUCACCAUUCUGUUAGUGGUGUCCCAUUAUUUUAAGAAGGAGUAUACACAGACAGAUGAAUUUCUUGACGAACCAUUUUGGUUCCGGGUGUUCUACAUAGUGCCGAUGUUCAUGGUGUUUCGGACCAGGUUAUACACUGCCUUCCUAUUGUCAGAGUGUAUGUGUAUGACAGCAGGGCUGGGAGGUUACCCAGUGGUCAGUAAGCCUAAAUGUGGCCAGGGACCAACGGACCUGCAGGCGCUGGAUGAUAUACUGAAGAAGAAGCCAUCUGAGAUAGAGUACAACUUUGACACUGUGUAUAACCUGAAUAUAUAUGGUUGUGAGCUGGCACCAACUUCUAGAGAGGGCUUAAAAAGCUGGAACAUGACUAUCCAGAGCUGGCUGGCUCACUGCGUCUACAAACGAUUCCCAAUCCGGUCUCUAGGGAGUACUGUGACGAUGACAGUGAGUGCUUUUUGGCAUGGUAUUCACCCAGGCUACUACCUUAGCUUCCUGACGUGUGUCCCCAUUCUCAUAGCCGAAGACAUCUGGAUUGACCUCUAUUACAAAAAUGCCAGUCCAGGGCAACAGAAACUUUUUAACUGGGUCUGCUGGUUUUUCAAGAUGAGAUUCUUUGACUACAUGUGUAUGGGUUUCAUCCUGCUGAGCUGGAAGGCCACCAUGCACUACUGGAGCUCUAUAUAUUUCCUCAUACACUUUAUCAUAGCAGCAUUUCUUGUCACUGGACUUAUUCUCAAGUCAUCACGGCACAAAAAGACUGCUUGAUUUCUGAUCAGAUUACUUAUUGUUUUAUGGGUAUUGUUUGUGGCUAAAAGUGGGGUCUUUUUUUAUUGUGUUACUUUCAUGUGAUAAAAUUACUUGAUCUUGAACAUGUAUAUGUUCAUAUACCCACAUGCAAUUAGUAAUAGGUGUGUGAUGCUACUUGUCAUUGGUUCACAUUCAAGUUACCUUAGUUUUAGACACAUUUGAAUACCACAAUGAAUAAGGCAGCUUAUUUUUAACACUGCAUUUUACAUCAUGGUCAGUUUACUGCAUUUCAUUUCUUGCAUGUCAGAGAUUUAAUAAUAAUAAUUUGUUCUACAUAUUGCAUUACUUAUACUUUCAAAUGGCUUUAUGAUUUUUGAAAAGUGAUAAAAUAUUCUUCAGACUGAAUAAAUCAACAUGUUCAAUGUAUACUUAUUUUGAGCUAUUUUUGGUAAAUACAGAAAACUUGAUUUGAUUAGUGAAUAUGGAAUUUUUUCCAAAAAUCUCUGGCCUCUUUAAUGCCUCACAGUUGAUAUACAGGUUCUAUACAGCUGGAAGAACACAGUGAUUUUAAUCACAUCAUCACCCUAGUGUGUGCUCCUUGGGAUAUUAAGGACAUAUGACCUUGAUAACAAAACUGCAAGAUCAGAUAGCAAAUCAGCUUAAGAAAACUACUGGACAUGCACACAGUUGGUACUGUAAUUUGUCAACCUUUUUACAAGUGUGCAAGGUAUGUAUUCAAGAGUAUUCUAAAGGCAUUAUUCUGUGUAAACUGAUAAAAUUACAAUUUUUGUGAAGCCCGAAAAUUGGCCAAUAUACAACCAAUGUAGCUUUGCCUCCAAAUUGAACUUAAAAAUUUUAAAAAGUUACACUGAAAGUUGCUCUUUUAUUUGUGAAAAGGUUGAGGAAUUAUGGUAAGUGCUAAUUGAUGAUCUUAUAGUAUCUAAAGUAGAUUUACCUCCAACAGCCAAUGCAUACUAAAUGCACUCUUUUUUUUUCCUGCUGUAAAAGUUCACAAAUAAGGGUAGAUCAUUUACUUCAGUCUUGGUCCAUUUACUAAUUAAUGAAGAGAUUUCUUAAUCUUAACCAUAACAAGUCAAGACAAGUUCAUACAGAGAAAGCAGUGUUGAAUAAAAUGUAGGGGUUGGUAUGUUAAGAAUAUAAAAUAUUCAUAUCAAUAUCAAAUGACCAUAUUGAGCUCACAGCCUCUGUACAUGCCUGGCAUAGCAUUCAGCAAAUAGAGGUAUGUCAGGUACAUACCACAUGAAUGCAAAACUUCAGCUGAAUACAUUAAGUACUGUGAUCGUGAAUUUGGUAAUUUAUUGUAAUAAAUAUGCACCCAGAGCAUCAGCGAUGGAGCAUCCCAAUUGUGUGACAUGUAACACUUCAGUUCAAUACCUGCAGUUCUUGAUUUUGCUGCCAAAUCUAAAUCUUAUUCAUGUAUGUAUGAAAAUUGCUUAUAUCUGUACCAGUCUUUGACCAAGGACAGUUGUGUCUCGUAACUGAGAUUUCUUGAAUAUUGUGCCUGAGCUAAAGGUUAAGUAUA